GUCUGAGAAUAGCGAUGGCGACGAAAACAAGUCAACCGGUAGACAUAUCGCAACUUCCUAUAGCACAGCUCAAUCAGUUAUCGCAGCAAAUCGAUCAGGAGAUUGAGUUCUUCACAAACUCGAUGAACCAGCUGAAGAUGGCGCAGGGGAAGUAUGUGGAGUCUGGCGAGUGUCUACACAAACUCAACACCAGCAACCUCAACAAGGAAAUACUCGUGCCGCUUACUAGCUCUAUGUAUGUUCCUGGUAAACUCUCUAAUGUGGAGGAGGUGUUGGUGGAUGUUGGCACAGGGUUCUAUGUUGAAAAGAAUAUUGAACAAGGGAAAGAGUACUUCAAGAAAAAGGUGGACUUUAUAUCGAAGCAGAUUGAGAAAAUACAGCCAGUACUUCAGGAAAAAUAUAGGUUUAAACAAGUUGUCAUGGAAGUUUUACAAAUGAAAGUAUCACAACAGGUGGCCACACAACAGUCGGCCACACAACAGUCGGCCUCACAACAGUCAGCAUCAACCUCAGCCGCUGUCAAAUCGUAGAUCUUCAUGUGUGCUAUCUUCUGUGUUGUGUGUUCCGCCAUUUCUUAGAGCAUCUCAGCCUGUUCAUUCUGGAGACAAUUUUGUGUCGUUGGCUCCGAUUGGCACAGACAUCAGUAUGGUCUUGUUUUCUGGACCAGUCAAAUCAUUUGACACAAAACGGGACAGAACUUAUGUCUGCAUGCAAUGAUGUGUAACAAUGUUUCUCAAUCAUCUGGUUCUAAAUAUACACCAACUGUCAAUAUAGUUACUGUAAAUCCUUGAAUAGAGACCUGCCUCGAUUAUAGGCCAGGUCUCAGAGCAUAAAACAAAAAUUAUGAGGCCUUCCUUCAAUACAUGCUAGUGAUGUCCCUGCUUUACAAAAAAAGGGCCUAUUUAUGCUAUUGUAGCUUUGUGAAUGUUAAUCAACAUGUUAUAGUAUAUUCGUCAGUCUCGUUGCAUGAUGAGAACAAUAGGGCAGGAGAAGGGUUUCUUCAGUUAUCGGCGAGGUAAAAGGUUUCCUGCAUUAGAAGAUUUGUCUUACAGCAAAGCUAUGUUGGAACACUUUUGACUGAAAAAUAAAUAGAAGCCUGCUUUGAAUAGUAGCCAGGGGCCCGUUCCACGAAGCGAUCUUGGCCCUAAGAUCAACUUAAGUGCAUAGGGUAGCUAUGCGCCUACGGUAAUCUUGGGGCUAAGAUCGCUUCGAGGAACGGGGCCCUGGUCUCGGAACAUAGCAAAACAAGUAGAACCUAACCUCUUAUUUGAGGGUUUACGGUAAAUUCUUUAUUCUCACUUUCUACCCAUGUUUGUGAUGUCAUACCAUUAAAGAACACUCUUUUGGGUUUGUUAAAGGGACUAUCCUGCCAUUUAAAAAAAAAGUAUUACAAUUCACUUUCAUUUUCUUGCUUGGAAUUUGAAAAUAUUUCUAUAACCAAUACAUUUUUGGACAUUGUGGUCUUUUGUUAGUAUUUCAAUAUUGAUUUUUGACUAAAAUAAUUUCUUAGUACAAAUUUAUUAUUUUGUCCAAUGGCCAAAUGAAAUUUGAACUAAUUUGGCCAGAGGUCAUUCAGGGAACAUUUUGUUUUCAAAAUCUUGAUUAGUGAUAUUUCUAGUCAAUUGAAAAUUUAUUAGCAACUCCUGUUUAAUGUUUCAAAAUUGUGUAGCGAUCUCAGAAACUUGCGUAGCAAACCUUGAUGUAUUGAACAAAAUGAUACGUUAUUCCAAAUAUAUUUAUCUCUAUUAUUUUUUUAUUUUAUUUAAAACAUGUGAAGGUAAGAUAGUGCUUUAAAAGACUGCAAAAUGAUGGAUGUGUGUUUAUUUUGGAACAGAAGUCUUGCUAGGGUUGAAAACUAAGAAUAGUCCCAUUAAAUUAACAACAUUGCCUAUUAAAGGGACAUACUCUAGUUUUUAAACACUAGGGCAUAUUUUUUACUAUUGGAGCCGUUUUUGAUAACUGAAGUCAUACUUUACUUAGAUUUUAUUGUUUUAGA